AAAGCAUGCAUCCUGUUUGCAGCAAGGCAGAAAAUAAUGUUCAUUUGACAUUUAUUUUUAUUUUGAAAUUGUGAAGGUUUUGCAGAACACUGAGCAGUGAAAAAAGUUAAUUAAUUCCAGGAUGUAAGACCACAGAAAACGAAAGUGAAAAUUCCAAAAAAUUGCCACAUUCUACAAAUGGUAUGUGUUCGGCAACAGAACUCAGCUCAGAUAUUGAACUCAUUGGAUUUCGAUAGCUCUGUGAGUGAGCGUGGAUGCUUAUCGACAAACAUACCACACCUCUAAAUGAUAACAGAUAAAUGCUGUAACUCGACACAGCCUUUAUCAUUUCACCUCCUUCUGCUUCAAGUCAAAAUGUACCUUAUUGUACCCAUCCUCGUGAGCGUGCUUCUCCCCAAAGCAUUUUCACUCAAGUGCUUUGAGUGCACACCAGGAGUAUCAGGAGCAUGCACCGACAAGGAGACGGACUGUCUUUAUCCAACCCAAUGUGGAAGCUCGCAGGUCGUAUCCUAUGCGGGUAAAUUAAUGGCAGGUGAUACAAAAGUAGUGGAUAUCAACGCGAAGUCUUGCACGGUGCCUGCUGAGUGUGUCAGUACAGCAAUGAACUUCGGAAUCUCGCGCACAACGAUCGCAAGCAAAUGCUGCAAUACGGACCUCUGCAACUCCCAAAGCGUCCCUGAGUCCACUAAAGCUACUCCUAAUGGCAAGAAGUGCUUCACCUGUACCGGAACAGACUGCACGAGAACUCUGAGCUGCUUGGGAGACGAGGACCGCUGCAUCUCAGCAACAGUGAACACGGGUGGCAUGAAGAUAACAAUGAAGGGAUGUGCCUCCAAGAAAUUCUGUGUGGGAGACGUGUCACAAGCACUGGGGACCACCAUGGACAUGAAGUGCUGCGAGGGCAACCUGUGUAACAACGCCCAGAGCAUCGGACUGAGCCUCCUGCUCCUGGUGACAUCCAUGGUCUCUGUUGCCCUGUUCUACUGAGAGACACUGUGCCUUCACCUCCUUACCUCUCUUCCUCUCCUGGGCAUUGCCUCGUUCUGUUUACUAGUUCCAUCGUAACAGGAGCUUCCCUGUCAUUGUCCACCCCCCCAUCUCCCCAUGCCCCAGCCCCAGUCUCCACUAUCUACCUGUUGUGUGUAUUAAUAAUGGAUGUUAUUGAAAAGCCCCUUUCACUGGACGCUUCCUUGGGGCGUCACAUUAUGUAGGGUUAACUCAACCCCUUCACCCCCGCGAGCAUAAUGCUGCAGCCACCUGUGGAAUGCACUAUAGCCAUUUCAUUUUAGGGACAGCUCUCGCAAAAAAAAACACACUCACAACAACCCACAGCUACAUCCAUCCCAUAACCCCUACACACACACACACACCCACACCCAUCCUCUUCUCUCCUCAAGGCCCUGUGAGUCAGUGAGGCAUGGAUGUUUGGCGAGGCAUCUGCCAAUCUAAGCAAGUGUGGUACAUUGCUUCAAACCAUUGGCAUUGUUAGCUUUCACAUGUUUUUAACAUUCUGAAUAACAUAACAAAGGCUAUUGAAUCCCAUUUUUUACCUAGCAGAAAUAUACUUGAAAUUAAAAAUGUCACCUGAUGUGUACAGUGUUAAUGUAUUUGCUUGAUUAACAAGUUUAAUUCUGUAAAUGAAAAAAGAUGGAAAGUAUAUGAAUUACUGAAUAGAUGAGCUGACUCUUUAUUCUCACAACCUCCUGCUUCCUCGUUCAAUGAGGCAAAGAAUAAAAAAUAUCCCAAAUACAA